UGAUUUGGUUUAUCACAUUGUUCCUAUUGGUUUUGUUACAAACAUUCUGUCUGCUGUCUAUACCGAAAUGAUUUCAUAGUAGUCCCCUCCCUGUUGAUGUGCCGUAAGUGCGAAGCUCCGCUGGUGACUCUACGCUGACGGUAAAUGACGAACGUGAUUCCUUUUAUCAUUUUUACUAUUUUUUCAUAAUCCUCUUGUCGGAGAACUUUUGCUUGAUCUUUGCGUGUUAAUUGCCGUGUGUAUAGUUUCAGUUUACGGUGUUUACUCUCGUAAUUUUAAAGGUGUCCUCACUGCAACUUUCGUCUUCUUGUGACAUCAGAACUAUAGUGCGGUGGUUUACCUCUGAAACACUAAACUUACGGAUGAAUUCUCUGGACUGGAGGCCAUAGACUCGACCUGUUCCUGUGUUUAUGAUGCAUUCACUGGUCAAAAUCUCGCCGGGUACGGCGACUAAGUUAUUCAAUGCAGUCCGCCUCGCCAAAAUUUCUCAUGAGCGGACCAUACACUCUGGAUCUCUGGUGGAGUUUUUGAGUCGAGAAUUUUUCCAUCCCGAUUAUGUUCACAUGAAGUUUCUCUCAAAUCUCCUCAUUUCCACCCACACUACACUCAGUCUGCCAUGGGAUUCCACCGUUGUCUGUACGGCGGUUCUCUUGCGUUCUUUGAUAACUUUUCCCUUCUACAUAUAUUCCGAGCGAAACUAUGCGAAAGUUGCCCACGUCGCAAUCGAUUGCUCCAAAUCUAGACCGCUGUUGGAACAAAAAGUGAAGCACUCACUUCAUUACAAACGCCUGACAGAAUCUGCGGCAAAGGUUUAUAUGACACGUAUGGUUUGUUUAUUCCUUCAAUCACCUGUAUUUUCGUGGUUAGUCUCGCACCGUCUUCAUCCGGACAUGUGAAGCAAAUCACUGCCACCCGGCAAAGUCAGCAGCUGUAACUUUGGUACAAAUUCCUCUGUGGUUGUCCUUCACUUACACCUUGAGAAACAUUUGCGGCUUCCACACUGCAUCGGGAUACGGCUGGCCACCCAUGGUGCCCGACAUUGUCUCUGAAGGCAUAAAUGUGGCAUGCACAUCAUGCGUUAUUCCGGUGGGUUUGCUGCUUACUGGGCUGGCAAACGUAGAAUUGGCGCAUCUUCGACGGCCGCGGUCUCGUGGUGACGGAUCGGUCUUUGGGGCCGUAUCUUCGGACCAUUGGUCUUACAAAGUAGCACGUGGAUCUGGAUGGUUUGGAAAUUUGUGCAUUUUUGGAUUUUCCUUCCUCGUUCCGAAGGCUCUGGUUAUCUAUUGGCUAACGUCUGCAAUCCAUCAAUUGUUUACCCAUCUACUUGUGAUGCACCCAACAGUGCGCCACUGGUUCGGUAUUUGGCCGCGUCCGAACGAGGGCAAUCAGCCCUACAAAGUUAUCGUUCAGGCAGCCCUUUCCCGGUACCAUAUUUUACGCUGGGUGCGGUCAAAAUUCUUCGUCUGACAUACCGACGUGGAUUUGACUUGACUUUUCUGUUUAUCCUCGUUCUUGCUCGAACGAUUUUUAGAACUUACUCCUCGUACCAACCAAAUUGGACCUUUU